AUGUUAACACUACCGCCAACAAUUCAUCGGUUGAUUUUCUUAUUUGUUCUCGCAACACCUUUACUUUCAAUCGCACUUCCUGCCGUAGCCGCUGCUGCUGCUGACCCGCCCAGUAAACUUCAACCUAGAGCACCUCAACCUUCGCGUCGUAUGGGUGCCCAAAAGCGUGCGAAGAAGGUCGAACCGUUAAAGAAGAAAGAUUAUUCAAGUUUCUUGUGUCCAGGUGGAAGUGUAGCUUGUCCAAUCCCUUCUUCGGAUGAUAUAACACCUGAAUCAGCAGAACUAUUACAAUCAAGUUUGAAUUCUUUGGCUGAUUGGUUCAAGAUUGGGUUCGAAUGUAUUGAAUUGGCAACGGAAUUGAAUUCAUGUGGUGGUUGUUUAGCUCUUGGUGCAGGUCAAGAUUGUUCUUUGAUAUCAAACGCCAAAGCAACAGGAUGUGAAUCCGGUACAUGUCAGGUAUACUCUUGUUUCGAUGGUUACGUGGUUUCAUCAGAUAGGCAAACUUGUGUCAAGAAAGGAACCAUGACGCCCGCUACUCCCAUAACGGCUGUCGGCAUCGAUGAUCCGAACCAAGUGGUCUUAUCUUGA